GUUCCAAGACAGACCAUGGGCCUCCAGUCACUGACCAGAUCUGUCCUCUAGAGAUGGCACGGGGCCCCCUCGGUCCCCAGGCCUGCGGCCAUACAUGGGUGCAAACAGCCUAGACACGGCCACCUAUGGCCUGUGCUGUGGCUGAUCCAGGCAGAGAUGGCUCCUGCCACGGAUGCAGGGGAUAUGGUGACCCCAACUGUGGACCUGGUGCUGGGUGCCUCAGCCUGCUGCCUGGCAUGCGUGUUCACCAAUCCCUUGGAAGUGGUAAAGACUCGUCUGCAGCUGCAAGGGGAGCUGCAGGCCCCAGGCACUUACCCACGGCCCUACCGGGGCCUUGUGUCUUCUGCUGCAGCCAUUGCCCGUGCAGAUGGCCUGUGGGGCCUGCAGAAGGGGCUGGCUGCUGGCCUUCUCUACCAAGGCCUCAUGAAUGGUGUCCGCUUCUACUGCUAUAGCCUGGCAUGCCAGGCUGGCUUCACCCAGCAACCAGGGGGGACUGUGCUUGCAGGUGCUGUGGCUGGGGCACUGGGAGCCUUUGUGGGAAGUCCUGCUUACCUGGUCAAGACCCAGUUGCAGGCCCAGACAGUGGCUGCUAUGGCUGUGGGGCAUCAGCACCAGCAUCAGAGUGUCCUGGGUGCCUUGGAGACCAUCUGGCACCAGCAGGGCCUAUUGGGGCUGUGGCGGGGUGUGGGCGGGGCUGUGCCCCGAGUCACAGUGGGCUCAGCUGCCCAGCUGGCCACCUUUGCAUCUGCUAAGGCUUGGGUACAGGAACGACAGUGGUUUCUGGAGGACAGCUGGCUUGUGGCCCUGGCUGGAGGCAUGAUUAGCAGUAUAGCUGUGGCUGCAGUCAUGGCUCCCUUCGACGUGGUCAGCACUCGCCUAUACAACCAACCGGUGGACAGAGCUGGCAGGGGCCAGUUGUACAGGGGCCUCGCUGACUGCCUGGUGAAGAUCUGCCAACAGGAGGGGCCCCUAGCACUCUACAAGGGCCUAGGCCUUGCCUAUCUGCGCUUGGGCCCCCACACCAUCCUUAGCAUGUUCUUCUGGGAUGAGCUGCGGAAGCUGACCACAAGGGCCCAGCACCAGGGCACCUAGCCUUGUCCCUCAGCCCACUACCAAGCCUGGCAUUUGGUGGAAGUGAUGGCUGGCUUCUAUAGAACUGGCUGCCCCGAGCCAGCUUGAGUCAGGCCCAGAUGGGGGGCGUGAGUCGGGAUUGUGGACAACUGUGAUCGACCAGAGCCCCAGGACUAGUUCACCCCAAGUCACUGCCCCUUCACCCUUUCCUCUCCCCUGGGUUACCAUGCUGUAGUAUAUUGCCGUAGUAGCACCCUCAUGAAAGGGUGCCCAUGGACAGAGCCACUCAGUGACACCGGCUCCUCCGUCCUCCAGCCACUGUGGGACCACACAAUCCUCUCGGAGCACAAGGAAACUGAGACACCACUCUGGCUGGAGCCACACAGCUUUGUGGUGACAGACACAGGACUGUGGUUGGAGUCUGCCCACCCCAAUCCUCUGCUCUCAGCAAGGGAACAGUCCGAACGCUUGGGCCACAGAUCCCUCAGAAACCACGGCACAUGAGGAGACUCAUGGUUGAGCCCCGAGGGAGGCCUUGAGGUCCCCAGACUCUAGCUGGUCAAAGUUCCAAAGCCUUGGCAGCUUGAAAAACAAAAACCUAUUUUCUUACUUUCAGAAGCCUGGAAGCCCAAGAAGGUAUUGGCAGUGUUAGCAUUUAUUUCUGUUACUUGUGAUGUGGUAAAACCAGGGUCUGGGCAUGUUAGUUACACGAUUGACAUCCUUAGCCCAGGGCUUACUUCUCCAGAGGCCUCUGUCCCUGACUCUGAGCUGGGCAGCUUCUUCCCAGUCAGGCUGGAGACAGAUCAGCCGGCAGCCUGCCUGCCCGGUGCUCAUGAAGCCCUGGGUUCCAUCCCCAGCACCGAAUAAACCAGGC